CUGAAGGAUCGAUCCUGGACGACCUCAUCAAGAAGAGCAUCCCCUUACCCCCCGCCGAGCGCUCGGCCCUGCUCGAGAAGACGCCCGCGCUGGCCGACGCGCACAAGGCCGCUGCGACGGAAGGGGACACGCCCGCGCCGGACGCCCAAGACGACGUCGAUCUGCACUAUGUGUGCUUUGUCAAGGGGAAGGACGGCGGGCUGUGGGAGCUUGACGGACGGAGGAAGGGGCCGAUUCGGAGGGGCGAUCUGGAUAAGGACGAGGAUGUGCUGAGCGAGAAGGGGUUGAGCUUGGGGCCGUUGAAGUUUUUGGAGAGGGAGGGUGGGGAUUUGCGGUUCAGUGCUGUUGCGCUGGCUGGGACGCUGGAUUAA